AUGUUCUCGACUGUUUGGGCCUGGGUCCUUCUAUGCGGCGUUGCUGCUGCCCUCGCGUAUCGCCGAUCAGUUUGGAAGCUGUCUGGAAUUCCCUUGGUUGGAUUCGAAGUCAAAGACCCUAAACAACGAAAAAGCCAAUACACCUUCAAUGCUCCCGGUAUUGUGCAGACAGGAUACGAAAAGUUCAAAGACAGAAUCUUUGGCGUGGAUACAGCAGAUGGUGUCAAACUCAUCUUUCCGCAUCAAUAUGUGGACGAAAUCUCGAAAGAGCCAGGACUUAGCUUCCAAAACUCCCUCGAUGAAGAUUUGUUGAUCGAUUACACGUACAUGGGCGGACUGAAGCAGUUCGCAUUGUCUACUUUCAAGCGAGAAAUCACACCUCAUCUUCAAUGGACUUCGGUCAACAUCUAUCCGAAAAUGCUUCGUAUGCUCGGCAUACUAACAGCAAGAGUCAUGAUUGACAGUGAUGCCCCUCACAAUGAGACUUGGGUCACUCUGGCCACCGAGUAUCUGCAUGCUGGGGUAAGGCACGCGCAUGCCUUGAAGUUCUGGCCCCCAAUGCUAAGGCCGGUCGUUCAUCGAUUUGUGCCAGGAUACGCUGAGGUUCAGAGGCAACUCAACCUCGGAAGGUCUAUAGUUGUCGACGCUAUCCGCAAAAUUGAUGAGCGAGAGAAGAACGGCGGAUUAGAGCGUCAGCCGACGAGUGUGCUUUACCAUAUGUCUCGCAAGGCACCAGGUGCUUCUUCCGCGGUCAUUGACAUGCAUCUCAAGGAGCAGCUGAAUCUUGCUGUGGGAGGAAUACACACCACCUCCGCCGUGCUCACCCAGACGAUUUUCGAGCUUUCGGCACAUCCAGAGUAUAUCCCAAAAUUGAGGAAAGAGGUGAGUGAUACUUUGGUCAAAUUCAAUGGGGAAUUCUCGAAAGCUGCUUUGUGGGACAUGCACAAGUUGGACAGUUUCAUUCGCGAGACUCAUCGCCUGAACUCGCCGAACCUCACAACUUUACAGAGACGCGCUACCCAAGAUGUUACUCUCUCAGACGGUACCUUCAUCCCGAGUGGUACAAAGCUCGAGUUUCCGACGUUCGCCAUCCACCGUGAUAGUGAGUUCUUCGUUGACGCUACUGAGUUCGACGGAUUCAGAUUCUUGAAAUUGCGUCAAGAAGAUGACAAAGAUGGCGGAAAGCAUCACUAUGUCAGCGCUCGCAGAGAUAUGUUGGGCUGGGGUUUUGGCAAGACGGCAUGUCCUGGGCGAUUCUUAGCCGAUAUCGAGAUAAAGCUGAUUGUCGCGUUCAUCCUGAUGAACUACGAUAUCGAGAACCCGGAUGGCCAAGGCAGACACGCGCAUGUUCAUUUCGAGAAUCAGGUUUUCCCUGACCCCGUCAACCCAGUGCUCAUGAAGAAGAUUCUGCGUGAGGACAUUGACGAAAAUGGUCAUGUGAGAAAGUAA